AGGCACGCGCAUUCUUAUUCGUCUGGCUUUGUCAUGUAUAGCUUCGUCGAACAAAGGCAAGAGCUCACACAUAUAGCUGUUUUGCUGUUCCUCUUUCAGAUUUUGUUCUUCGACUUCUUCAUUUCUCUAUCGUUUUAACACAUUUCUUUCUCUUAUACCCAAAUCCUGAAGCUUAAAAUCCAUUUUUAUUGUUUGUUUGUUCAAAUCCAAACCUAAAGCCUCUGUCUUGUAAUCGUCCCUGAUCGAAAUUUGGGCGAAAAUCAAUGGCUCAAGCAGUGGAGGAAUGGUACAAGCAGAUGCCUAUCAUCACUCGCUCAUAUCUUACUGCGGCCAUCGUUACAACCAUUGGUUGCUCCCUCGAUAUAAUCUCUCCUUACAAUUUGUAUCUGAAUCCUAAACUAGUUGUCAAGCAGUAUCAAUUCUGGCGCCUCGUCACGAAUUUCUUGUACUUUCGCAAAAUGGACUUGGAUUUUAUGUUCCACAUGUUCUUUCUUGCUCGAUACUGCAAGCUUCUUGAAGAGAACUCCUUCAGGGGAAGAACUGCUGAUUUCUUUUACAUGCUUUUGUUCGGUGCCUCUGUCUUAACUGGAAUUGUUCUUAUUGGGGGAAUGAUACCGUAUCUAUCAGAGUCCUUCGCAAAAAUUAUAUUCCUUAGCAACUCACUUACCUUUAUGAUGGUUUAUGUAUGGAGCAAGCAAAAUCCUUUUAUUCAUAUGAGUUUCUUGGGCCUCUUUACUUUCACAGCAGCUUACUUACCAUGGGUUCUUCUCGGAUUUUCUGUUCUUGUUGGAGCCAGUGCUUGGGUUGACAUGUUGGGAAUGAUUGCUGGUCAUGCUUACUACUUUCUUGUAGAUGUUUACCCGCAAAUGACUGGUCGUUACCCACUAAAGACGCCAUCCUUUAUCAAAGCACUAUUCGCAGAUGAUGCAGUGGUUGUUGCUCGGCCGGAAAAUGUUAGAUUUGCAGCACCUGCUGCUGAGGACCUUCACCAUGACUAAAUAGGCCCUAUAGGCAAAAACAAAAAAAAAAACGAAUUUGAUAGCAGUAAUCCACAGCAUGGGCCAAUUAAGAAUGGUAGUUGGCCUUGUAACAUAGAAAUCUACUCCAAUUUUCUAAUUGCCUCUUCUUCUUCUACUACUACUUUUUUGUGCAUUCUUUAUAAAUGAGUAUUUAUCCAUUUGUCAUCAAAGGUUUUUUUUUUAUAUUUUUUUGUUCAACUGACAAUUGGAAGAAAUGAGAAAACAAAAGAAAAUGGUGUGAUAGAGGUACUCAGUUGUAGUUGUGAAUCUGCAGUAGGCUUCGGCCAGUUCACCACUUCGUUGUAUUCAUAAUUAUAAUCUGUUUAGCAUUGCUAUGUGGCAGUGCUUUGUGAUUGGUUAGGGAUAUUCGAUAAAAAUUAUUACAUUAAAUUUUAUAAGAUUCGAUGUUUAAUUGUAUCAA